AUGGCGACUUUCGACGAUGCAGCGCUGUCGAAAUUGACGGCCAAAAUCGAUAGCAAGCUGGCCGAGUCUAAGAAGGCUCCAGGGAAGAAGGACCAGGGCAAGCGGAAACGAGACCAGACAGCAGAUUCAAUCCAAUCGCCACCGAAUAAGAGGAAGACGAUAUCGAAGCCUAAUGAUAACAAGACUAAUCGCAACUCAAAGAAGACUCAAAAGCCUGCCAAUUCUUCCGAGAAACCUAACUCCAGUACCCUUCUUGAUGAAAUCAGAGCUCUUGGUGGUGACGAGGAGGAUUUAAAGUUAAUAGAUGGUAUAAACUCCGAAGACGAGGAACUCGAAAACACGAAAAGCAAGAAGAACGCAGACAAGGAUCUGCGAGCCGAAUUGGCUAAAUUUGCCGCUGGUCUUGGUUUCGACGAGGUGAGACCGGAGUCUGAUGCUGAAGAAGUUGAUGGUGCCGACGAAGAAGGAAUUGAAGAGGAAGAUGGAGCCAGCGAAGGUGAGAGUGAAGCCGAGGCCGAGGCCGAGGUCGAAGAAAAGCCUCCACAAGAUCCGAAAAGAAAAACGAUUUUUGAGCUUCGUCCUGACUGGCAUGCUGUUAGUUUAAAACCUCUACCGACUCCGUCCUCUGAUGAUGUAGCGGCCUAUGCACCAGCAAUAGCCGAGUUAAAGGCCUAUGCCAAAUCCGUUUUGGAGGAGGAUAGUACUGAAUACAAUAAGACCUUGUCUAAAUCGUCAUCUCACAAGUUCAUGUCUACCAUCAUGUCUUCAGGUACUAUGUCUGAUAAGGUAUCCGCCUUGACUCUGGCCAUCCAGGAAUCUCCGAUACAUAAUGUCAAAGCCCUCGAAAAUCUGAUAGGGCUUUCCGCGAAGAGGAGUCGUGGGCAGGCCCUCUCUGCUCUCGCCGCUCUAGUGGACUUGUUCGGACCCGGAAUGAUUUUACCAUCGGAUCGAAAACUGCGUCUUUUCUCUUCUCAAUUGGGUCUUGUUGGAACACUCCAAAAACACAACGUGAAGACGUGGUCUGCGGGGCAGAAUCUGCCAGGGAAAAUUACCAAGGAACACCUUAUAUCAUGGAUAUUUGAGGACUGGCUAAAGGAAGCCUAUUUCAAGAUGAUCCAAAACCUUGAGGUCUGGUGCGAUGACGAAGUUGAAUAUGCCCGAACCAAGGCUGUUGAUUUAACAUUUGCGUUAUUGCGAGACAAGCCUGAGCAGGAAUCCAACCUUUUGCGACUUCUUGUGAAUAAGCUUGGUGAUCGCGAACGUAAGAUUGCCUCGAGAGCUUCUUACCUACUUCUACAACUCUUAAACACCCAUCCGGGGAUGAAACAAGUGGUCAUCCGCAGUAUCGAACAAGAUAUCCUGUUCCGACCCGGACAGCAAAUGCGCGCCAAGUACUACGCCAUUAAUACGCUGAACCAGACCAUUCUUAGCACCAGAGAGCCCCAAAUCGCAGAUUCUCUACUGAGCAUAUAUUUUGGUCUAUUCGUUGCUUUACUCAAGAGCGGUGAACUCAGUCAACAUGAUGGAAACCCGGAAGCUUCUAAGGGCGGGAAACGCAAGCAGAAGAAGAACCCUAAGCAAGCGAAGAAAACUGAUGAUAAGAGCAAGGCUGUGUCGGGCGAUCAAGAAGCUGCCGAAAAGCUCGUGUCGGCAAUUCUUACCGGUGUAAACCGAGCCGUGCCAUUUUCACAAGCUGAGCAGUCUACACUCGAGUCGCACUUGGAUACACUCUUCCGCAUCACACAUUCUUCCAACUUUAACACGAGUAUACAGGCUCUUAUGCUUAUCCAGCAACUCUCAGCUACCCGACAUCUUGCUACCGAAAGAUUCUAUCGGACUCUAUACGAGUCGCUACUCGAUCCGCGUCUCAUCACAUCUUCCAAGCAAGCCUUAUACCUUAACCUGCUCUAUAGAAGUCUGAAAUCCGAUGUAGAUGUCCGCCGUGUGAAGGCAUUUGUCAAGAGGAUGUUACAGGUCUUGAACUUGCAUCAACCUUCUUUUGUUUGCGGUAUUCUCUACCUCAUAAUCGACCUUUCCACGACGUUCCCAGAUCUAAAAACACUUAUAAACGAGCCGGAGGAGCAUGACGAAGUGGAAGCGACUCCAGGUGUAGCAUCAGAUGCCCCAGCCGAGACAGUCGUGGAUGGGCCGGAAUCUCAAUCGAAGAAGCCUGAGGGCGUUUAUGAUGGGAGGAAGCGAGAUCCAGAAUACAGCAACGCGCAUCGUAGUUGUUUGUGGGAGCUACUACCUUUCCUUCGACACUAUCACCCUUCUGUGGAUGUAUACGCAUCGUGUCUCAUCAAUGGACAAAAGGCUGCUCAGAAACCUGAAUUGGCCAACCAUACGCUCAUAGCAUUCCUGGACAAAUUUGUCUACCGCAAUGCCAAGGCUACCGACACUACCAAGGGUGUAUCUAUCAUGCAGCCUGUCGCUGCAAGUGGUCAAGGAAGCAUCUUGCUGUCGAGCAGACCUUCGGCCAAGACGGCAGGAAGCAGCUUGAACUCAGUAGAAUUCUGGAAAAAGAAGGGCGAGGAUGUUGCUGUGGAGGAUGUCUUCUUCCACGAAUACUUCACACGGAUGGGCAAGGCCGAACAAGCUGACCGCAAGAAAUCGAAGACAAAGGAGAAGGAUGGAGAAGGCGAGGGUGACGAAGAGGAAGAGGAAGAGGAAAUCUGGGACGCGCUCGUAGCAUCGCGACCAGAGGUUGAAGGCGACGAAGACAGCGAGUCCGGCUUCGAGGAUCUAAUGAGUAUUGACGAAUCUGACGACGAGUUCAGGAAGGAGAUGGCAAAGAUGGACGAAGGAGAUGGUUCAGAAGACGAAGGCGGAGUCGAGUUCUGGGACGACUCGGAGGAUGAGGACGAGGAAGGGGAAUCUGAGAUGCAACCGGCACCCGCAGCCGAGGAAGACGAAGAGAAGCCAGAGUCGGACCGCAAGAAGAGGAAGAAGGCCCUCAAGAACCUGCCUACGUUCGCGUCCGCCGACGAUUAUGCGGAGUUGCUUGGUCAGGAUGAUGAUGAUGAUAUAUAA